UUCAUAGAGUCUCUAAUUGAUCAAUUUAACAAGUGACCAACCUUGCAAAAAUGGAGCAUAAAAUGAUUUAGCCCCUAGCUACUACUACUGAGUGAGUUAAAUACAUACUAUUCCAUUUAAUUGUAUUAACAAGCUGUUAUUUGGUUUACGAAGCUUUCUCGUGGGUGGGCCAUUGGGAAAACUACAAAACUAGAAUGCACCCAUAUUUUAUGCUACAGCCAACAAAUAAUACAGACGAGUAGUGUGCUAAAGAGAGAAACAUGGUGAAAGGCUUUGUGCUUUAGCGGUCGACCAUCGAAUGGCGUGAAACUAUCAUAUUUCAUGGCAAUUCCGUUGUUAGUAUGACGAAUAAAAUUCCUUUUUGGAUAAGACCUCGGCAGACAUCAAUUCGUGGCACCUUAAGGAACAUCCGUGUGAGCACAAAGGAAAGUCAGACCUACACGAAAUAUCAGGUCAUAGCUUCCCAAUAUGUUUACUGUGGUUUUCGUUGUACAGUUAAAAUAGUUGUUUGUCUGUAGCGCCCAUUUAAAGUCUCCUGUAAACUCAAUGCUAACCAUAUAGCUCACUGUGUUUGUUAGUUCAAGUUCUCCCUGUCAUUAGCGUCAGUCGUGGUUCUACAAUGUAUCUUUUGUUACUGUGAUUCUGUACAAUGAGUACUGUAUAUUUUCUUCUAGUGCAUUGACAUCUAAGAAUCGAAUCGCUAAAUUGAGGCGUUUGAACUCCGUUGUUUUGGACUUUGAUUGGCACGGUAGAACGCAUUUGAAGGCUAAAUGCAAAUACAUGCAACGGAAACCCAGUUAGUUGUGAUUUAUUAGAUGUUGACACAGUUCUUUGGCAGGCCCGUAACCAGGGGGGGUUCUGCGGGCGACCAAAGGUCCGCUUGGUUUAAAAAAAAAAAAAAAAAAGCUGCUAUCAAGGUGUGCAAUUGUAACCGAUGUGUUAAUUCAGUUAAUUUAAUUUCACCGACAAUUCAUUUUGUAUUUCUCACGUAUGUAUUUGUUGUUAUAAGCACCUUUUUAUGGGCAGUCUUUAUUUUAUUUGCGUUCUUUUUGUUGUGUGAACUUUGACAUCGCCGUGAUGUCAUUUCCUGCUAUUCUGGCGCGCUCCUCUUCAGCCGCCUUCUGGACUGCUGAGGAGAGAGCAUUUGAAGACAACUCACGGAAGUUACUGCUGUUCAUUAAGGUCGUUUAGGGUAGUUCGUUUUUCAUGUGGUUUUCUUUUUUUAGGAGACGUGUGCAUGAAGCUUAUUCAGGUUGCUGUACAUUUGAUGUGUUUUGCACAGAGAAUAAACGCCCCCUCUGGCUGGCAAGAGAACUGCAGCUGUCUCCUCAUCACUCACCACGUCAAAGAACACAACGCAGAAUGAAUUUUUAACAGUUUCGGCACAGACCGGCUACACAAUCCCGUUCACUUCCCCAACAUCAGGGUCCUCCUUCAGUUGGCCUGUACCAUCCCAGUAACAUGGUGUGAAUGUGAGCGAAGUGCCAGUACCUUGAACCGUCUGAACACCUACAUGAGGGCCAGUAUGACGCAACAGCGGCUGACCUCGCUGGCACUUCUCCACAUUCACUACAAAAAGGUUAUCAACCUGGAGGAAGUGGUGGACAUAUUUUCCACGACACAUCCAAGAAAGAUGAUGCUGAAUGAGCGAUACAAUGCUGACGAUCAUCCUUCAUAUAAAGAUGUACCUGGUCCUUGUGACCCUGAAGAUCUCUUGGAUGGAGUCAUAUUUGGUGCCAAGUACCUGGGCUCCACCCAGAUCAAAUCAGAGAGGAACCCAUCUACCAAUGCCCGCAUGGCCCAGGCUCAGGAGGCAGUAGACCGAAUUAAGGAGGCCAUGAUGGAUCACGCUUUGCAGAUGAUUUCAUACAUCGCAGACAUUGGCGACAUUGUUGUCCUGAUGGCACGUAGGAAGCGUAAAGAGCAAGAAACCACUGCCGCUGCCACCUCUUCCUCCUCCUCCAAGGCUCAGAAGUGCUUAAUGGUCUGCCACGUCUUUUCUUCUGAGGAUGCUCAGGUCAUCGCUCAGGCUAUUGGCCAGGCAUUCGGGGUGGCCUACCAGCAGUUCCUUCAGGUCAAUGGUAUCAAGGCCAGUGAUCUGCGGCCUGGCGAGUACAGCGACUACCUGGAAAGUCAGGAGCUCUACAAUGGAGAUCUGGCCCACUUCUCUGAUUCUCAGAACAUCAGAGACAUUCCUUCACUCCCUGAGUGGGCGGCGUCACCUGUAGCCACUCUGCCAUCAAGAUUCAAGAUUCAAGAGAGUUUUAUUGUCAUGUGCAUAGUAAAACAGUAGUAAUACCAUGCAAUGAAAAUCUUAUUCUGUUCAUUCUCCCAAGAAAAGAAAGAAAACACAAGAAAGAAUAAGAACAUAAACAUAAACAUAUGUACCAAUAAAUUAAGCAGCAACAAAAAGAAGAGACAUUCAUACAAAUAAAUAGGGCUCUUAAACCAUCUGGCUGCAGGAGGACGACAUGGGACUACUGGUCUGCAUGCUGCUUGUGAAGCUUCAGUUUGUAUGUUGCUGUUCUUUUUUACCUGUAAGGCUACUGUGUGUGUGUGUGUGUGUGUGUGUGUGUGUGUGUGUGUUUAGAGCCUGUUCCACGUCCUCCUUGCCCCAUGUGACGCCGUCCUGCACACCAGUGAGUUUUUGCCUUUUCCCACGGUGCCUGAGGUUUUGCUUCCUUAGUUGCACCGUUCUACCUCAGUUUGGACUCUGGACUUUUGUGGGUUUUUUUUUUACUUAGUUCCUGCUCCACCUGCAUUAAAGACUGUA